AUGGCGAUCUUCGGGUGGAUGCUGAUUCUCCUGUGGUGGAGCUGUUGCUCAGGAGCUGAGGGCAACCUGCAGCCUAUCCCCAAGUUCGGAGAUGUCUAUCAUGUUACAGGGGUUAUCAGCCUGCCCUAUGCUGAAAUCAAUGAGCCCUUCGAAGCCUGGUACAACCUGAGCGGAGGCCAGAGCCGCAUCCAGUACUACCACGGCCAAGUGAUCACGUACCAGCUUGGCUCUGUGCAGCCAUUCGGCGCCAGUUUCAAGGUGACCCCAGAAACCACAGAAACCCAGGUGAAUGUUCGGAAGUGCUUCCGGGUCAAUGGCACGGCCGGGGAUCUCAUCAGCCCGCAGAGCGUCUUCCCCCGCCUGGACGGCUUCAAGCCCGUGCGGGAGGAGUCCUACAAAGGGCAGCUCUGCACCGUGCUGCAGAGCGUGUCCUACUGGGGCCGGAAGAAGAACGUCUACACCCUGUGGGUGGCCAGCUCCGCCGACGGCCCCGUGCCCGUCCACUACGAGAUGCGGGGCUUCAACAGCCUGCUGGGCUCCCACUACGACAAGUACGAGAUCGACUACAGCGGCUUUGCCCGCAGCUACCCGGCCGAGGUCUUCAGCCUCCCACACGGUCUAAAAUGCGAGCACUGGCCCGGCGCAGGGCCGGAGCAUCAGAUCCUGGCCAAUCCAAUGCAGGAAUUUGUCGGGAGAAUUAGAGAAACAGACAGAGUCCAUCACCGGCUGUUCCACCACUACAGGGAGAAGUUCAGGAAAACGUACCGCACCGAGAAGGAGAUGGAACACAGGAAACGUACCUUCAUCCACAACAUGAGGUACAUCCACUCCAAGAAUCGGGCCAACCUGCCCUACAAGCUGGUGCUGAACCACCUGGCCGACCGCACCCCAGAGGAGAUGGCCGUGCUGCGGGGGCGACUAAAGAGUGGGGCCCCCAACAAUGGGCAGCCGUUCCCGUCCGAAGCAUACAAGAGCCUCGUCCUACCAGAGAGCCUGGACUGGAGGCUGUACGGCGCCGUGACCCCAGUGAAGGACCAGGCCGUGUGUGGCUCCUGCUGGAGCUUUGCUACCACCGGGGCGAUGGAGGGGGCCCUGUUCCUCAAGACUGGAGUGCUGACCCCGCUGUCCCAGCAAGUCCUGAUCGACUGCUCCUGGGGCUUCGGGAACCACGCCUGCGAUGGCGGCGAGGAGUGGCAGGCAUACGAGUGGAUCAAGAAGCACGGUGGCAUCGCCAGCACCGAGUCCUACGGGCCGUACAUGGGCCAGAAUGGGUACUGCCACUACAACCAGUCUGAGCUCAUAGCCAAGGUCGCUGGCUACAUCAAUGUAGACCCCGGGAACGUCACCGCCCUGAAAGCGGCGCUCUACAAGCACGGGCCGGUGGCCGUGAACAUCGACGCCUCCCCCAAGUCCUUUGCCUUCUAUGCCAACGGUGUCUACUAUGAACCUGCCUGCGGAAACAAGAGCACAGAGCUGGACCACGCGGUGCUCGCCGUAGGCUACGGAGUCCUGCAAGGGGAGAGCUACUGGCUCAUCAAAAACUCCUGGUCCACCUAUUGGGGUAAUGCCGGCUACAUCCUCAUGUCCAUGCGGGACAACAACUGCGGGGUGAUGACGGCGGCAACGUACCCCAUCCUGGCCUGA